GAUAAUCAAUAGUAUAAACUCGAUGGAACCGCUGCUGAAGCUGACGUGACUAGGUCUUCUCCCCUUGUCCGAUUGAUUUUCUACGAUCGAUGAGUUGUUCUAAAGCGUGAUGGCUUUAUUAUAAAUUAUAAUACUGCAGUGUGCGUCAUCGACAAAACAUUAUAUUUUAGACGCCAUUUUGAAAUACACAGAAGUGAGAAUAAACGGACAUUUUCGUUCUUUGAAAAGGAUGCUUUUACAGUGUUUUGUUAAAAAUUAUAGAUAACAAAAAACUAACAUAACAUUUCAAUGUUGCUACGUGUGCAAAUGGCAGGUAUAGAGUUCUACGACGCGGUUCUCAACAACGAAUUAACGGUUUUAAAGCGGCUGGUAGCUCAACACAAAAUAGACUUGAAUGCAAAAUUUGUUGAGGUAAGGAAAAAGAACCAUGCCGAUCUUUACCCGAUACACCUAGCGUCAUAUAGAGGAUAUACUUACAUGUUGCAAUAUUUGAUUGAAUCCAAAUGCAAUGUCAACCAAACAACAGGGACUCUUCGUAGAACAGCACUACAUUUUGCAGUUUUACGACACAAAAUGGCGUGUAUGUUGCUGCUUAUUGCAGGCGGGGCCAAGCUUGAUGCCAAAGACACGUUCAGUAAUUCCCCUUGUCAUUACGCUGCAGACGAUGGCUACUGUCAGAUUCUUGACGUGCUUAUUCGACGUGGUGUUGACGUUAACACCCAAGAUAUCACCUCCAAAACCCCAUUGAUGAAGGCUGUAAGGAAUAACAAAACUGAUGCAGUCCUGCGGUUAAUCAGGGCAAGCUGUAACUUGAACAUUACGGAUAGAAAUAGCGAUAUGGCGUUGCAUUACGCAUCAAGAAACGGAUGUGCUGAAAUUAUAGACAUUCUGAUAUCUGCUGGAAGCUUAAUAGAUGUUCAGAAUUACUGGGGAAGAACCCCCUUAAUGGAGGCCGUUUGUUACAAUCAUAAAGACGUUGUUUCACGAAUGAUCAAAGCUAAAUGUGACUUAAACAGACGAGAGUUUAAAACAGGAGAUACAGCACUACACAUCGCGAUUAAAAGGAAUUAUACUGAUGUUGUCGACUUGCUUUUAGCAGCCGGAAGUCGUCAUGAUAUAUAUAAUCAUCAAGGAGAAACGGCUGCUUUUGACGGUGUUGCAACUAAUAAAAUUGAAGUGAUUCGGCUCAUGAUAAAGCAUAACUGUGAUCUUGAACAACCAGGAAAGUAUUUCUCCAAUGGAGUUUACAAGUCUCUGUUUCAAAUAGCAGCAGAAAAGGGCCAUUUUGAAAUAUGUAGACUACUUGCAACAUUCGGUUAUGUUGACUUUACAGCAAGAGUCCAUAUUUACACGAACUAUAUUCCAUCGCGGUUGGUAACUGACCAAGAGGAUGUGGUACAAUGGCUUCGUAAAAAGAUGCAGACAGCUACCUCACUUCAACAGCUUUGUCGUAAAUGUAUACGUAAAAGUCUAGGAUAUAAAAUAGUUCAAAAUUUAGAAUGUUUACCCAUGCCUAGAGCUUUAAAAGAUUUUGUGCUUAUAAAAGAAGUUAACGACAAACAAAUGACAUUUGAUCGUUGAUCAUUAAACCUUCAACAGACUAUGGUGCUUGUGAUGUAGCGUUGAGUUAUCUCCCCUUUCAGCGUAGUCCGUUUGGCUGUUAUCUGUUAUGUGACGUCGUUAACGUCAAAAAGGAUUUACCAAAGACAUAUUUCGAUAUUUAUAAUUAACUUUGAUCUGGUUUAACUUUCCUUCUGAAAACGAUGAAAGAUUAUUCAACUCAAUGUAGAAAAUGCUCAUUUUGGAGAUAAUAUCGCGUCCAUAUUUU